AUGGCACUCCAAUCUCAAGGGAAUACGCUUCAUAAUAAAAUGCUGGGCAGAAGAAUCCCACACCCAGCCUCAACCAAUUUUGACGCGGAUAACCUUUCACCUCCAGCAAAGCGCCUGAAGACUCGCGAGAGCACAGAUAGAGAAGACUCCCACGAUGCCUCUGGCGACGAAUCCAUCCCUCAUACGCCAGAUAACUGUACAUAUCGAGAUGAAAUCCCUGACUCGGAUGAUGAGAAUGGUUUCGGGGAUGAGGGUUCGACCGGUCAUAGACCAACUGAGCUUGAGAGUGCUUUGCCACCAGUGAAAACCGACAAAGAAGCCAUCAACGAGUAUGAGGCUAUGCGAGCUGGUGAUGAAGUUUCAUAUGACUUGAAGUCUCGCCUAAGUCAGAGGGCAUGGACCAGAGGGAAGAGUUCAAUCUAUGUGGACGCCUUCAAUCUUGCUUUGGAUACUGUUCUUGAAGACGAAGGACACCUCUUUGAUGAGAAAGAGAUGAAGGUUCUGAGCCAAUGGAGGGAGCUUGAAUAUGAGGCUCAAUAUCUAUACGUCCGUUUGUUUUUGAGAAAGACUUCUGCCUGGCAUCGUAUAAGUCGACUUAGGUAUCAUAGCGAUAUUUCAGAUAUUCCAUCUGCAGUGACGAGCCUUCAAAAUUCUAGAGAGCUUCCUGAAUCUUCAGCUGCAGUCCAAACAAAUCCAGCGGAGCUGAUGCCUCCAGAAGGCACCAUCCUCGAGUCUUCUUUUACCUUUGCGGAUUCGUCUUCGGAGAUGAUUUCUACUUUGCAGGAAGCCUCUUCACUCUUAAAUUUGGAAGAAUUAAAAGCAAUGGCAAAGGAAGCUAAAGUGCAAGGGAAAAAUAAGAAUGAGUUGCUACAAGCCCUCCAUAAAAUGAGCAGCCGUCAAAGUGGCUUAGGAUGGGUCGGGUUGAAAAGAUCUGACAGCGAGCAAACCGUAGCCUCGGAUUCGGGUAAUAAUGAGGAGGAUGACGCUGAUAAUGCUAUUUCGGACAUAAAUCGAGACAGACACUUCGUACGGAAAAUCAUGACCAGCACUGGACCUUGCAUACGCCUGUCGCUUCCAACUUUGAAGCUCUUUGAGAGGGUCCAUUUAAUUUUCUAUAGGUCGACAGAAUGGACAGAAAAGUCACUCACAACCAUCAUUUUGGCGAGAAUCUCGCGUCGGAACUUUCCAGACUACAUUGUCUGUCGCUCAGCAAAUAUCUUUCCGUCAAGAUCCUAUAUCCUAGAAUUCGAAUCAGCCUUAAGGGUGCAGCUUCGGAUUGACCAGAUCCUCGAGUUUAAUGGGAACCCUGGGAAGCAGGGGCUCGAAGAGGUCUUGACUAUCUUUGAUGAAGUUUAUCCCCGGUGGGAGAUGCUCCUGAAGGAAGAGCAACGGAAAGAAGACCGUGUAUAUGAGAGUGGUGAAGGAGCUUACCUUCGUCGAUUUUCACCAGCAUGGGUUUACACAAGAAUCAUUCACAAAGGCACAUAUGUUCUCGGACGUUUCAAAUUGUAUUCUAGAGAGCAUGAAGUGCUCAGUGAGCUACUUAAACAGCGACUCUUCCAUGCUGCACGUCGUGGAGCCUGGUAUCAGCGUAAGGCUCUGCUUGAGGAGCAUUAUAUGUACACUCUUGAUCCUCCAUCAGGGAUCUCGGAUCCUGAGAAGCAGAAAAAGCAUUGGAAGCGUAUCUCACGAAAGACUUGCGAACAGGGGUUAGAAGACAAGGACUGCCACACGAUAUAUCACUAUGAUCUACAGAAGAGGAUCAAGAAGCUUGAGAAGAGCCUCAAAAUCCCUAUGCGAGAGCAACAUGACUUUGGUCACGUUCUGCUCUCCAAAGCGAUUGAAGUGAGCGUCGAAGGCAUCCAGAUAAAGAAAACCCAUCCCCCACCUCUAAAGAGAAGGGCCAGUGCACAAGUAACGGAAGAGAAACAACGAAGCACAAAAACAAUUUGGGUGGACGAGUCUGAAGGAGGUGGAGAGUGUAGCGUAGAAGCCAUGUGUCUCUCAUCUUACCGUGAGAGAGGCUUCAAGGGAUAUCACUCUGAAGGCGGGAUCUUACGAACAUUGUUUGCAUACCUCUUCUUUGAUGUACUUUUCGUAUACAUACCCAACGUCUUCCAGACUGCGUACCAAACCUGCCCCUUGGAUCUACAUACCGACGCCUUCUUCCCGUCCCGAGCCUCGGAGAUUAAUCAUCGUCUCGUGGAAAUAGCAAAUGGCAAUGCCGCGCAAAUAAUUCGCGCCGUUGAUGAACGCGAGCGCGAGAGGAAAACUUGUGUUGUUGGCUUGAAUUGGGACUUUGAGCUUGACGACCUAUUGGAGAUCGUCGGCUGUUUUGAUAGUGCCGCUCUGGCAACAGUGUGUAAGGUUAUGGCUCAGGAGUACAGGGUUAGAGGUGGCGGGAUACCGGACUUGUUUCUUUGGAAUCCAAAGGACAAGACUGUGGUGUUUUCGGAAGUUAAGAGUGAGAAUGAUAGGUUAAGUGAUACGCAGCGGAUGUGGAUUCAUGUUCUCACAGGCGCCGGCAUCAGGGUUGAGCUUUGUAAUGCUAUAGCGAGGGAGGUGAGGGAAAUCGAUGCAGGAUGA